AUGAUGCCACCUGGGGGACGAAAGUCCAAAAUUAGACCACCAAGAAAAUCACUAAUCAGCUCGUCAUCAUCAUCGGAAAACUCAACCACCGAUCCGGUAAUUGAUUUCGAUAAGAAUUGGUCAGUUUUAUCUAGUGCCAUCUCCCAAAUCCAAAACAAAAAUGUAUCAAAUUUAUCGUAUGAGCAAUUGUAUAGAAAAGCUUACGUGUUGGUAUUACGAAAGUUUGGAGGGAAAUUAUAUGACAAUGUGGCAAGUGUCAUUAGAACCCAUUUAUUAACUAGAAGAGAAAAAUUAUUGGGCGUGUCUGCCAACCAUGAUUUAUUUAUGCAAUCAAUUCUUCAAGAAUGGAGUGAACAUUUACAAGCAAUGAAGUUUAUAAGUGAUGUUCUCAUGUAUUUAAAUAAAGUUUAUGUGGCGGAGCACAAAAAGUUGUUAAUCUAUGAUUUGGGUAUUCAACUUUUCAAAGAUUAUGUGAUAAAAUAUAACGAUGAUGAAGUGGGAUCUAAAAUUGUAAAUAUGGUGAUUGGCGAAAUUACCAAGAGUAGAACUGGGGUUGUUAUCACGUCAAGCAUGUACAUCACGAAAAUUAUCAAUAUGAUGGAAUUAUUGGUAGAACCAAGUGGGUCCUCAGAUAUUCUUUUUGGAGAUUCAUAUUAUCAAAUCAAAUUUGAACCCAAGUUUUUGAAAAGUUCAGAAGAGUCACUUUAUAACUUGUCACAAGAAUUUGUCUCUUACAAUCUGGGCACAAAGUAUUUGCAAUUAACAACCCAAUUUAUUAAAGAUGAAGAUAAUAGGGUUCGAUUUUAUCUACCGCCGUCUACAUAUCCCAAGUUGGUAGAGUUGAUGAACAAUAUAAUGAUUAAAGAUAAAAUAGAUAAAAUGAUGUUGUCACUGAAUCAAGGUUUGGACUAUUGGUUGAAACCUGUUGUGAGCAAUAUUUUCGAAGACACCAACAUUGAAACCUAUCAUUAUACAGAUUUGAAAAUGUUAUACAAUUUGAUUGGAAGGUUUGAUGAUGAGUACCAACUAUUAAGAUUGCGCUUGAAAGAAGCAAUUAUUGCCCAAGGUAAUUCGUUACCAGAUUAUGUGCGUAGCUCCAUUGAAAACUCUGGUAAAAAACAGUCUAAUAAUUCACCGGCAUUUGCUACGAAAUGGAUUGAGACUAUUUUAAAAUAUCGUGACCAAUUAUUGCAAGUUUGGAAAACUUCUUUUGAAGAGAACCUAAUGAUUGAGCAAACUUUUACUUUUGCUAUGAGAGAUUUUAUAAAUGGAACCAAUAAGCGAGGUCCUGCUUCCGUUAAUGCACCCGAAUUAUUAUCAGUGUAUAUGGAUUAUUUUAUAAAGCAAUUAACAAAGGGCAGUUCGUCGAACAAAGAUAUAUCAUUAAAAUCUGGUGACCAGACUGAGGACUUGAUUUCCAAUUCGAUUCAAUUUUUGCGAUUUAUUAAGGAUAAGGAUGCAUUUGAAGCAAACUAUGCCAAUCAUUUUGCCAAGAGGUUUUUGAAUUCCAAAACUGGCAAUUCACCUUCUUCCAAUAAAGAUAUUGAGGAAAUAAUUUUAGCCAAAUUAAGUGAAGAAAUGGGGACUUCUUCCUUGGAUAAAGUGAUCAAGAUGAAUAGAGAUGUAAGACUGUCGAAAGAUACCACUAAUGACUGGAAACGUUAUUUGAAUAAACAAAGCAAAUCGGCAGAUUUAGUUGAAAUGGAAUUGAAAAUAUGUAAUGUGACCGAUUGGCCAAAAUCAAUGACUAAAGAUUACAAAUGGUUCAGUAGAACUGAAAAUGAGGAGACUCCCUUCAAAUGGCCCCGUCAGUUACGUAAUACCAUUAAACAGUUUGAAGAGUUUUGGAGCAAUGGUAAGAAAAAUGACAACAAAUCAUUGUAUUGGUCUCCCAAAUUUGGAUCUAUGGAUUUGCGCAUAACAUAUCCUUCUAGAACCUACGAAAUUAAUUUGUCUACAUUUGCAGCUAUUAUUAUGCUUCUUUUCGCUCCUCAGCUGACUAAUGCUGAUGGUUCUACAGUUCUGGCAUUUGAUGAAAUAAAAGAGUUGACAUAUGAAGAGAUUCUAGAAUUGACAGGCAUUCCUGAACCAGAGUUAAAAAGACAUCUACAAUCAAUUGCAGUUGCUCCGAAACUGAGAUUACUUGUUAAAAUUCCCAUGAGUAAAGAUGUAAACAAGAAUGAUGUUUUCAAAUUGAAUGCAAAGUUCAAAUCACCAUCGGUGAAAGUCAAAGUAUUGACCGUUUCUGCCUCGUCUUCUUCUUCAUCGGCUUCGUCAUCUUCUAAAAACAGCAGUAAAUCUGUUGCAAAGACCGAACAGGAAGAGGAACUAGAAGAAGUUAAUGCUAAUAUUAUGGAGGGACGUAAGAUUGAAGUCAACGCGGCCAUUGUGCGUAUUUUGAAAUCGAGACAAUCGAUAAAACAUAAUGACUUGAUUGAAGAAUUACUCAAACAGUUGAGUAAUAGAUUCCAGCCACUGAUAAUAUUGAUAAAACAGAGAAUUGAAGAUUUGAUAGACAAAGAAUAUUUGAAAAGAGAUACCGAUGAUAGGAAUUUGUAUCAUUACAUAGCAUGA